AUGGGAAUGGACUACUCAGUUCCGAAGCUUCAGUGGUCGUUGCAAACGAGCUCGAAGUUUCUGCACUUGGGCACUUUGGUGAAUACUCAUGGAGCCAUUGACAAUAGUGUUAUGCAGCAACAACACCCACGUGGCAGUAGCACCGGCGACGAAAGCAGUACUGCGAAUUUGAGAAAAUUUGAUUCGCCGGAGCUCUGCCCUUUGCCGCCGCUUUACGGUCACAGCAAUGUUAGGCGAAAUUACGGUAAUGGUGAUAUGGGGUCCGCUACACAGCAAUGUUAG